AGAAGAUAUUUUUACUUUGCGUUUUUCUCAUAAAAGAGAGAAAUAAUAAUAAUAAUAAUAAUAAUAAUAAGCAUGAAAUUUUUCUGGUGUUCCUUCUCUUUCUCGCAACGGGUCAGUCUGAAAGUGAGAUUUUUCAACCAUAGACAACGAGAGCGAGAUAAAAAAACAAUUGACACAGAGAGAGAUAGGCGCCAAUAAUGGCAAUGGCGUGUUCGAACCUGGGUUUGGGUUUGUACCCAAAGACGCGGUCACUCCAAGUAAUUUGCAGAAAGAAAGAAAAAGACAGAGAUAAUCGCCACCCCUAUAAAGUCAUCGAAAUUACUCCUCCGCCCAAGAAUCUCGGCGUUCGUUGCUUUCCCUCCAACUUGCAAUGUGGAGAGAGUGUGACGAUAGAAGGGAAUACUUAUACAAUCUCAUCUGUAACUCAUCGAUACCAGCUCAGGAAAGGGAAAUAUGAACCUAGCGAGAAGAGGCUUGACGUUUUGUCCACAGGAAGAUAUAUCCUUAAUUUAUAUCUAGAGAAUUUGCUUGAACAAUCUUGACAAUCUUUGCCUUUUAGAGCAAAGUUAAAUACAAUCUCAAAAAUGUGAUUCUUGCCCUCCAUCGUGUUUUGAUAUAUUUUUAGAAUCUUUACCAUAUUUAUUGCCAGCAAACUAUUGUGCCCAUGUACAGUAAUGGAACUAAAAGAAAAGAGGGUUUGUAUCAUUAAGAUGCAGAUAGGGACUGUUUCUAAAUAGGGUGUAAAGUCUUCAAUUCUGUGAAUUGAAUAUUUUUAUCUCUUUUUUUAUUGCUUAUUA